AUGGCCAAGGGGGCCUUCGAAAUCCCAUUGGUUGAUUUCAGCCGAUAUCUUCACGGUUCCGAACAUGACCAAAAGGCAUGCGUCGAAGAAAUCAUGAAGGGUUUCACGACUUCGGGAUUCGUAUACUUGCAAAACAGCGGUCUUGAUCCGGCAACUGCGUUCCAAUGGGCGGAGGAGUAUUUCGCUUUAUCUCCCGACGAGAAGCGAAAAUAUCCCAACGUCGAUCCAAAAGCGAACAGAGGGUAUUCCGGAAUGGGCGUCGAGAAAGUGACUAACGCAGACCUCACCAACGAGGAAGAUAUCGAAGAACUUCGCAAGAUUUUCCCUGAUAUCAAGGAGUCCUUGGAACUCGGGUCGGAGACAUCAUACGGUUACCCAGAGAAGGGCUCCACGAAUCACUUACCCGAGGAUACCCUGCCCGGUAUCAGCGAUGGAAUCAUGACCUUCUUCACACAAUGCGACAAGCUGCAGAAGCAGCUCAUGUCCGCUAUCGCCACCGGACUGGGGCUCGACAAGACCUACUUUCUACCACAUAUCUCAGCGGGGGACCAUUGCUUGAGAUUGCUCCACUACCCGUCCGUACCGAAGAGUGUCUUGACUGCAGAGGGAGCUGUCCGUGCAGGAGCACAUACCGACUACGGCACUGUAACACUUCUUUUCCAAGAUGGAAGCGGUGGAUUGCAGGCACGCACUCCCAGCGGCGAGUACGUGGAUGUGCCGCCUAUUCCAGGAGCCAUUGUCAUCAACGCUGGCGAUCUGCUUCAGAUCUGGACCAACGACGUGAUCAAGUCGACAUUUCACAGAGUGGUCUCACCGCCAAACGCCAAAACUACGGAAGAUGGGGACUUUUCAGCUCGAUAUUCCAUUGCUUUCUUCUCCCAUCCUGAUCAUGACAAAUUGGUGUCAGCGAUCGAGGCUUGCGUUACUGAGUCGAGACCAAAGAAGUAUGAACCUGUCAUGCCAAUUGACUGGAUGGUCAAACGUCUUCAGGCAACAUAUUGA